AUGAAGUUAGCUGCGAUACGAUGCUAUAUACGACGUGCAUUUAAAAAUAAAAAUAUAAGAACUGGGAUUGGUUAUUCGUCUUCAUUUCCUAGCACUUUCAUGAAACGCUUGAUAUUUCGAUUGGGAAAGUCGGUGGGAAUCGUAUGUGUUCCUAUUGUAUUUAUUGAUGUCGUUGGUUUCCCUGCAGUUGUUGUGGGUUCUUCAAUGGAGCCAACGUUACAUGGCAGUGGAAAGAAUUGGUGGGAAAAGGAUGUUGUAUGGCUAUCACGAUUUAAUUUGUGGACACCGAAAAUUGGCGAAAUACACACAUUUAUACCUCCGAAUGAUCCAGAAAAACGUCAUAUUAAACGAGUUACUGCUUUAGAUGGUGAUGUGAUCAGACUGAAAAAAGGACCAAACUUGUUCGAGAUACCUGCUGGUUGCUGUUGGAUGGAAUCAGAUAACCCGAACAAUCAUAAUGAUAGUAGAGUGUAUGGCUCCGUAUCUGUAGGACUGUUAACAGGUCGAGCAACGCAUAUUAUUUGGCCACCAAAACGAUGGAGAGCCAUUAAAACAGAAGUUUUCGAACAUAGUACACUUCCAAUUUCGAAUAGAUUUUCUAUCUUUGGUUUUAAUUUUCCAUGGUAA